CCAAUCAUCCCAACAAAUUAACAAACAUCAUACAUAUUUAUUUCUCAUUCAUACACCUAAAUCAUUUCUUGAUUCAUCAUUCAAAAAUCUAACAUGAGUUCCAACUUGUAUAACUUUGUGUAUAUUGAUAGAUCAACAGAAUCAUCCCAUGUCCUUACAUUCCAUUCCACUGCUAAAUGGAAUGCUCAUUUUGAAGCUUUUAAAGAAACUAAUAAACUGAUGGUUAUUGAUUUCACAGCAAAAUGGUGUGGACCUUGCAAAGUUAUGGAUCCAGUUAUGAAAGAUUUUGCUGCAAAAUACACUGAUGUUGAGUUCAUUAAGCUUGAUGUUGAUGAAUUAAUGGGAGUUUCUCAAACAUUCCAGGUGCAUUCAUUGCCAACUUUUUUACUCAUUAAGAAAGGAAAAGUUGUUGAUAAAGUGGUGGGAGCAAGAAAAGAGGAACUACAAAGGAUGAUUGAAAAACAAAGAAACUAGGUGUAUGAUCAUGCAGUGUUACAAAAAGAUAGUUUUGCAGCACAUUAUCCUUUGAUUACAAGGGAACAAUCUACAAGAUCAGAAUGCAAUAAGUGGUGUCAUCAUUUUCACAAAGAAUAGAAAUAUAGGUGUCAUUCUUUUAUCAUUUAAGAGGAUUCAAUGUAAUAUGUCAUAUUUGUAAUAUUUUUGUUACAUACAAGAGUAUUCAUGAACUACAAUCAAUAAAAUAUAAUUGGAUUCUUCAA